GUCACGUUGUGGACCAGGAACUACUUUCCACUCGAGCAGCGCUUGACACUGGUGUUCGCCUGUAUGCUAUGCCCUUGUUAGCCACGCAGCUAACCUAAGUGUCCCAUUUGGAAAGAUGAAUUGAAAUUUAUAUCAGAAAGAGAUCUGAUAGACAUUUAUAUUUGCCAUUAGUUGCUAAUAGCAGGAUGUUACGAGCCGGAAGUGCAGUUACCUGCAUUGCCUGCAAGAAUCUGCUUCCCUCCAGAAUGGGGGUGAAGUUCAGAGUUCCGUUGCAGAAACUGCACCCGCUCUCCCGUGCCAUCCAUCACCGCUACUCUUCUAACAACAAUCCACAGAGACCACCUCACUGUUCAGCUGCCCGCCAUUACACGUCUCUCUCCAGGCUCCCCUUGCGUCCUCCCAAAUCCCGGUCGGGAGGCCACGGCUAUCAACAGCACCGGUCCUUCUGGGUGGCCCAUCUUGCUGCCAGACUGCUGAAACUGAGGUACAUCUUGCUGGGCUCAGCAGUUGGAGGUGGAUAUACAGCAAAAAAGACUUACGAUGAAUGGAAGGAUAUGUUUCCUGACAUGAGCCAAUACACAUGGAUUGUGCCAGACUUUGUUUGGGAGCUGAGUGAAAAUAUUGAUUUAGACAAUCUAGCCAGUGCUUUGCCUGAACUAGAAGAGAUAGCCAAACUACUACCUGAUAUGGAAAAGAUCGGAGAGAACUUCACCUUCCUAAAGAGCCUCCUCUCCAGUGGUUUGGGUAGUGAAGUCAAUGGAGCAUCUGGUCUGCGUCUGUUAUUAGAAACCACAGGUGAAUCAACCCUGAGAGUGACUGAUGUCCCACCAACAUCUGCAGCUAUGUCUGACGGCAGCGAUAAACAGUUUAAGAAGCAGGGGCUGCUCAGCGAGCUCAUUCUCAUUCAGCAGCAGAUCCAGCAGCAUGAAGAGGAGAUGCGGCGGGCGGCAGAUAAUAAUGCUCCGCCUCCGCUGCGUGAACCCAGUCCCAGCCCGGCCCCGAACCCCAGCCCCUCGCAGUCCAAACGCAAGUCAUCUGAUAAAGAAAAAAUUGACCAACUUCAGGAAGAACUUCUUCGAACUCAGUUGAAGUACCAACGGUUGCUGGAGCGUCUGGAAAAGGAGAAUAAAGAACUGAGGAAAGUCGUAUUGCAGAAAGAUGACAAGGGUAUUCACCAAAGAAAAGUCAAGAAGUCUUUGAUUGAUAUGUACUCUGAGGUCCUGGACAUUCUCUCAGAUUAUGACUCCAACUACAAUACUCAUGAUCAGCUGCCAAGGGUGGUGGUAGUUGGAGACCAGAGUGCAGGAAAGACCAGUGUGUUGGAGAUGAUAGCUCAAGCUAGGAUCUUUCCUAGAGGCUCUGGAGAAAUGAUGACCAGAUCUCCUGUCAAGGUGACAUUGAGCGAAGGCCCUCACCAUGUAGCAAUGUUCAAAGACAGCACUCGUGAGUUUGACCUUGGGAAAGAGGAGGAUCUUGCAGCAUUGAGGCAUGAGAUUGAACUCAGGAUGAGGAAGAGUGUGAAGGAAGGUCAGACAGUCAGUCCUGAGACCAUCUCUUUAAGUGUAAAGGGUCCAGGAAUCCAGAGAAUGGUGCUCGUUGACUUGCCGGGGGUCAUCAGUACUGUGACAUCCGGCAUGGCUGCUGACACAAAAGAAACCAUUUUUAGCAUUAGUAAAGCCUACAUGCAGAAUCCAAAUGCCAUCAUCCUCUGUAUUCAGGAUGGCUCAGUAGAUGCAGAGCGUAGUAUAGUCACUGAUCUGGUCAGUCAGAUGGACCCUCAGGGCAAAAGGACCAUCUUUGUCCUUACAAAGGUUGACCUGGCAGAAAAGAACCUAGCUAGUUCAAGCAGAAUCCAGCAAAUAGUUGAAGGCAAAUUAUUCCCAAUGAAGGCUUUGGGCUACUUUGCUGUAGUAACUGGAAAAGGCAGUUCUAAUGAGAGCAUAGACUCCAUCAAAGACUAUGAGGAGGACUUCUUUCAGAAGUCAAGACUGCUGAGGGAUGGCAUGUUGAAAGCUCAUCAGGUGACCACAAAGAACCUCAGUCUUGCUGUGUCAGACUGCUUCUGGAAAAUGGUCAGGGAGUCAGUGGAACAACAAGCAGAUGCCUUUAAAGCAUCCCGAUUUAACCUGGAGACUGAGUGGAAGAACAACUAUCCUCGCUUACGAGAGCUGGACAGGAACGAGCUAUAUGAGAAGGCCAAAAAUGAGAUCUUGGAUGAGGUGAUCAGCUUGAGUCAAGUUACACCAAAACACUGGGAGUCCAUCUUACAGAAGAAGCUCUGGGAAAGAGUCUCGACGCAUGUUAUUGAGAACAUCUACCUGCCUGCCGCCCAGACCAUUAACUCAGGCACUUUCAACACCACUGUAGACAUCAAACUCAAGCAAUGGACUGAUAAACAACUUCCUCAUAAAGCACUGGAGGUUGCUUGGGAGACAUUGCAGGAGGAGUUUGCCCGCUUCAUGGCAGAGUACAAAGGGAAAGACCAGGAUGACAUCUUUGAUAAGCUUAAGGAAGCUGUCAAGGAUGAGAGCAUCAAACGACACAAAUGGAACGAAAGAGCCAUGGACAGCUUGAGAGUGAUUCAGCACAACGCUCUGGAGGAUCGUUCUAUCACAGACAAGCCCCAGUGGGAUGCCGCUAUUCAUUUCAUGGAGGAAACGCUACAGUCUCGCCUUAAAGACACUGACUCAGUAAUAGCAGAUAUGGUGGGACCAGACUGGAAGCAGAGGUGGUUGAGCUGGAAAAAUCGAACACCAGAGCAGCACAUACGUAAUGAGACCAAAAACGAGUUGGAGCGUCUGUUGAAGCUGCAUGAGGAUCACACAGCCUACCUGGCCAAUGAUGAGGUCACUACAGUGCGCAAAAACCUGGAGGCCCGAGGAGUGGAAGUGGACCCUGUACUGAUCAAGGACACGUGGCACCAAUUGUUUCGACGUCAUUUCCUGCAGAAGGCGUUACUACAUUGUAACCUCUGCCGGCGAGGUUUCUACUACUACCAGAGGCACUUUGUAGACUCUGAGCUUGAGUGCAAUGAUGUGGUUCUAUUCUGGAGGAUCCAGAGGAUGCUGGCUAUCACAGCCAAUACUCUUAGACAACAGCUCACUAAUACAGAAGUGCGGCGCUUGGAGAAGAACGUUAAAGAAGUAUUAGAGGACUUUGGAGAAGAUACUGAGAAGAAAGUCCAGCUGAUCACAGGCAGGAGGGUUCAGUUGGCAGAAGACCUCAAAAAAGUACGGGAAAUUCAGGAGAAACUUGAAGCUUUCAUUGAAGCCCUUCACAAAGAGAAAUAGAGCAGAUCAUCUUGUUUCUGGACAGUCAUGCCCUUACAGAAGAAAAUGCACUGAUUAAAUACAACAUAAUUUUUGCUCUUUGCCCUUCGUAAAUGACCCUGCUUCUCAACCUCUCUUUUUUUUAACAUAUCCUGCUUCAGCUUUCAGUCUUCUCACACACAAGCACACACGCACUCUUCCCCGUAAAAACAGUGAAAGUAAGCAAAGUGGUUUACAUUUGCUGCAUAUUUAAUCACUGUUGGAGAACAAGCACUUACGCAACUAGAGAAUGGUACGUGUCAGAGUGCCAUACUUUAUUCUUUCUUCCUCCAGCGCUUAAAAGCCACCAAUGUGUUCACCAGACAUGUUUUCCCGAGAAUCCAGUCAGACAGACAUGCACAUACAUCUUCUCCCAAUCCCUCGUUCCCAAUAAAAUACUUUGUCCGGGUCUCUCUUUCCCCUGACUUUCUUUAUUAAUCAAGGUGAUGUUUAUGGAGAAGCCAAGAAAAAAUUUAUUGAUUGGCCUUGCUAUGAGUAGAGAAAAUGUUCAAAAAUGUCUUGUCACCAAUUGCCGCCCUCAUUCAUAUUUUGGAGCUGUGAUUUCACCACGUUUAUACAACAUCUCUCUUAUGACUUAUUCACAGUUCAAAUUAUACAUCUUAACAUCUUAUCAGUAGACCACCAUCUAAAUCCUUUGUAAUUAUUUUGUAGAAUCUGCAAUCGAUAUAUGCAGUUGUUUGUACAGUAGAUCUCAUCUGCACCUCAUUUGCUUUUAGUCACACUUAGCUCAGUUGAAUAUACUCCAGAAACGGCUAUGAGGCUUAGUCUUGAAGAUGCAGAACAUUUCUUUAUAAGGAGACCAGAUUACACCAUCUGCUCACACAGGUGGAUGAAAAUGCAUUGGCAUAUCCUGUUUGUUACUUUGGCCCUGCACACCACUUUGUUUUGCUUUAUUUUAUGACUGUUUACUUUGAGAGAUUCAAAUGGUUCAUCUGUCAUCUUCAGCUUUAGUGCACUUUUAAUUCUUUGCUUGCACAUUUGAUAUUUCGCGCCCUAGAAUUUUUGUGGUCUGAUUAGGUUUUAUAUAAAAUCCACAUUACACAUGUCCUGAUAAUUUUGAGUGUAAGGGACACCACACCUUUGUUCCUGGUUGCUCAUAAAUGUAAAUGGGUAAAUAUACAUGUACUUGUAAAGUAUCUAAGGUCAUUGAAAUCAUGGAUCUGAGUGUGGUGCUUGUAACAGAAUAUCUGUCGGUUGAUUUAAGAAUGUUUCCACUUUUUGUUGUAGAUUGUAAUGUUUGCAUGUUGUACCCCAUCAGAUGUGGUUUAUUUAUUAAAUUGGUGUUUAAAAAAAAAGUAGUAAUAAAAGGAACUUUAAAUGUAUGUUAAACAGAGUGGGUGGGCGUGGACAAUAUCCAACGUGUGUGUGAAUUUCUAACUUGAUUUAAUUUGACGAUUGCUGGUAAACGUUUUGACGGGUACAGUGCAUGUUUCCUCAGCUGGUUUUACACUGGUUAAAUUAUAAAGCAUUUGUUGCA